GAGAGAGAGAGAGAGAGAGAGAGUGAGAGAGAGAGAGACAUAGAAGGAGAAGAACGAGAGAAGGAUAUAGACGAAGGAAAAGAACAGGUCCCUUUCGAAGAGGGUUGCCAGUUAUAUUCCUCCCACCUUUUGUCCUGUGCUCGAGGCAAAAGCAGCAACCAAGAAGGAGAGCUGGCAAUGCAACGUUGUGGGAAGGAAGAAGAGAAGGAGAGAGAGAGAGAGAAAGAGAAAGAAAGGGAGGGAGGGAAAAAGAAGGAUGGGGGAGGUGAAGGGGAAGGGACGCUUUGUGGCGAAGAGACGCGCAGGCGCGCAGGCCCGCGGGGUCCUUUGCCCCAGUCGUGCGGUCAGCUAGUCGGGAGAGACCCAACGUUCGCUUCGAUUCGUUAAGGAAAAGGCCGCGGAAUCGUCCUCCUCAUCGGCCGGUGCCGUGUGAGAAGAGACAUUUCUCUCUCUUUCUCUCUCUCUCUCUCUCUCUCUCUCUUUCUCUUUCUCUCUCUCUCUCUCUCUCUCUUUCUUUUUCUUUCUCUAUUUCUCUAUUUUGUUUUCUUUGUCUCUCUUUCAUUCGAUCUCUCUAUCUUUCUCUAUCUCUAACUUUCUCAGACAUCACACAACAAAACACACUUUUUCUUUAUUGUCCUUCUUCUUCUUCUUCUUCUUCUUCUUCUUCUUCUUCUUCCUCUUCUUCUUCUUCUUUAAUUAAACGUAUCCCUUUGUCGUUUCGUUGAUUUAUCUUAAUGAACGUUUUCAUCGAACAUUUAAACGUUGAAAAAAGAGCGCGAGUGUUAACUUAAUGAUCGAUAAUCCUUAAAAAGGGGAUCUGACGAUUGAGAUCCUUAUAAUAUUGUCUCGUGCAAUAGGAUCAAAAAUUGUGCUUGUCAGUGUAUACAGUGCCAUGGGGAUCUAGGAACAAAACGCUAAGGAAUCCAGACGCAUGACAGAGGAAAGGGCUAGCUCGUCUUUAGAAAGCGAAAAGGCAAUCGGAAAAUGUCGGAUAUCGGUGGGGAUGAUGGUACUACUGGUGGUGAGAGUGGCAUGGACAAUCUAGCAUUUGCUAUUGAAGAUGAAUGCGUGAAUAGCUCAAAACACGUUGAUAACAAUGUUCAUGAACAAGAAAGUAACAAACAACAAGUGAACAUGGAACAGGACUAUAGAUCGCCAACUGAUACGAUUGGUUCGCCAACAGAGAAUGGUCAUCGUCGAUCGUUCGUUUCUCAGCAUUACGUUGAACCAGUGAGAAAUAGCCCAGAGCCACGUUACAAAUCUGAGACGAAGAUUGAGCUUCCACCAUCAACUGGUGGACAAACUCCAGAUAAGAAUUCCACGAGCGAGCCGAAGCUCAACGGCGUUCAUGGAAAUGGCAACAACAACGACGCUAGCUUCCUCAACAGCAGCGCCACAAGCGUCCAGGUCAACGAUAAUGGAAAGAAGGAACAGAUCGAAGCAGUGAAUUUAGAGUUGGUUUCAAUGAGGCCCUACACAGGCAACAAUAUCCAAACAAAGGGUCAAGAAGCAUGCGAGGUACCAACCGACCCUUACGAGGAAUACUUCGUGCCAGUUAACGAACAUCGAAAGUAUAUUAGCAGGGGUCCCGAGGCCGAGGUUGAAACAACCGUGGCUGGAGUACGUUUUGAUUUGGGCCCGGGUGUCGGCCGUGAAGGACUCAGCCUGAGAGAUCCGGCCGCCGGACUGGUUGACUAUUCCCACUGGCUUACAGCCCUCAGGGGAGAAAAAUUGUAUGUCACCAAGGAUAAAAGAUCUAGAAGUUCGUAUUGGAGAAGAAUGGCAUGCUGGGGAUGUGGUCUCUUGGUUCUUUCAAUUGCAAUCAUAAUCGCCAUUUUAGCUGCAACUGGUGUGAUUCUCACUCAGGAAGCUACAGAACCUCUGGACACCAUAGACCAAACUAAUUCUCGUCAAUUUGAUGGUGCUCAAUUGGCUGGAAGUCAAGAAUAUAUGAAAAAUCCACCGAUGAGUCCAGCUCCAGAAACUUCCAGUUUUCCAACAUGGCCUACGACUGAUGAAACAUUGUAUCAAAUUGUACCGGAUGCUCUUGAUGGUCUAUUAAAGUUAGAUGAUUUUGUAUGGGACGAACAGAUGAGUGAUCCCAAAUCUAGAGUGUACAGAGAACUUGCGUCAGAGAUAGAAGAGUAUCUUCAAAAUAUGCUUCAAUCUAAUACGAGAGACUCACCGGUAAUUAAAGUUUAUGAUGUUAAUAAGGAUUCUGAAGUAAAAUUCAGAAUAAGUCAUCCUUUGUGGGCUACACCGAAAGAAACUCAGGAGAAUAUCGAAAAAGCUGUUCGAGAGAAUGGCAACUCGAUUGGAAAAUAUCAUCUUGGUAGAUUGCAAGUAGGAGAACUUAUUGAUCAAUGUCAAGAUGGUAGUUUAAUUUGCGCAGAAACAUGCAAGUAUGAUUAUUCACAAGGACUGUUUGUUUGUUCUUGUAUGCCUGGAAAAAUAUUAAACACGAAUGGAAAAGAUUGUUUGGAUGAGAACGAUUUGAGUAACAUUGAUAUGGACGAUACGAUUUUAUCACCGAGCACAGAACCGACAAAAGAUUUUGUGGGUAGAAGUCGAGGUCCAGGAACGUUGUUUGAACCUAGACAUCCCGAUAAUUGGGAUCACUCGGAUUUCGUUACGAAUUCUAUGAAUACUCAGUCAUCUUCCAACGCGGAUGUUGAACCUACUGUGCAACCGAUAAAUCAAGAUGAAGAAAUAUCGGAUAAAACUAUAAAUAACGAGCCAAAUCCCAUGGCAGAAUCAACUGCGGAUCCAGAAAUUUCCAGAGCUCAUAAUUCUGAUAUUUCUAAUUGGAUGCAUGAAUAUUCUAAGCAUCCUAUAGAAGAACAUUCUAUUGAACCAGAGUCGUCUGUUAAACCAGAACCAUCUGCUGAACCAGAACCGUCUGCUGAACCAGAACCAACCAUAGAACCAGAGCCGUCCGUAGAACCAGGGCCGUCCGCAGAACCAGAGCCGUCCGUAGAACCGGAGCCAGAACCGGCCGUCGAACAAGAGCCAGAACCGGCCGUCGAACCAGAGCCGACCUUUGCGCCAGAACCGGCCAUCGAACCAGAGCCGUCUUCUGCGCCAGACCCGGCCAUCGAACCAGAGUCGUCCUCUGCGCCAGAAUUGGCCAUCGAACCAGAGCCGUCCUCUCCUCCAGAACCGGCCAUCGAAGCAGAGCCGUCCUCUGCGUCAGAACCGCCCGUCGAACCAGAGCCGUCCUCUGCGCCAGAACCGGCCGUUGAACCAGAACCGGCCAUUGAACCAGAGCCGUCCUCUGGGCCAGAAUCGGCCGUCGAACCAGAGCCGACCUCUGCGCCAGAACCGGCCAUCGAACCAGAGCCAUCCUCUGCACCAGAAUCGGCCGUCGAACCAGAGCCGUCCUCUACGUUAGAACCGACCAUUGAACCACAGCCGUCCUCUACGUCAGAAUCGGCUGUUGAACCAGAGGCAUCCUUUACGUUAGAACCGGCCGCUGAAACAGAGCCGUCUUCUGCGCCAGAACCGGCCGUUGAACCAGAGCCGUCUUCUGCGCCAGAACCGGCCGUUGAACCAGAGCCGUCCUCUGCUCCAGAACCGGCUGUUGAAUCACAACCAUCCUCUGCAUCAGAGCCGGCUAUUGAACCAGAAACGUCCUUUGCGCCAGAACCGGCUGCUGAAACAAAGCCGUCCUAUGCGCCUGAACCGGUCACUAAACCAGAACUAGUUGCUGAACCAGAACCGUCCAUUGGACCAGAAUCGUCUGGUGAACCAGAUUCUUCUAUUGAAGUAGAAUCUUCUAUCAAAACUGAGCCAACAUCUACUAUAGAACCUGAGCUGCUUACAGAACUCCCUCCACAACCUAAACCUUCUAUAGAACUAUCAUCGCAACCUGAACUUUCAACAGAACCACCACCACAAUCUGAAUCUUCUACAAAACCAAUACAAGAACUUCCUGUGAUACCUGAACAUUCUACAGAAGAAAAUACAUUAACAAAAUUCGAACCUUCUUCAGAAUUUUCUCUAGAAGAAAGACCAAUUGAAAUGACAACGCAAGAAAAUGUAAAUUUACCCUCUGAGGAGCCAAAACUUUCUAUGGAAGUAGACACAUCUACAGAAAUUUCAUUACAUUCAAUUAAUGAUGUAGAAUCUACAACAUUAAUAAUGGAACCAUCACCAUCUAUGACAUUUACCGAAUCAAAAGAUUUGACACAAUCUCCUAUAAAAACUAAUGCUGCAAUGACAACAGGAAUUCCACAAGAAUAUCCACAAUCGUCAGCUGAAGUAGAACAUUCAACAAUGCCAGAAAUCCAUGUCAAAACAACUACAGAAAUUGAAACAACGCCAAAAAUUCCUGUCGAAUUUACUGUUAAAUCGGAACCUUCAUAUAAUUCAGAAUCAAGAAAUUUCAAUAGUAAUAUAAAUGUAAAUACUGAUGAAAUAGAUAAUGACGAGCCAUUACCUGUAAUACCUUUGCAAACAGAUAAUGAAGAACCUACAACAGAAACUUAUAACGAACAGGUAACCAUGAUGUCGCAAGAACAUAAUUUAGAAGAAAAGGAACUACAUGUGGUAACUGAAAGUAUCACUACAUUGCCGGUAACGAUGACCACCAUAAAUAAUAAAAAAGAAAUUGAAGAUACUACAUUUUCGAUGAAACAAUUAGAAGAUUCAAUUACCGAAAAAGAAAAUGAAAUAACCGAAUUACCAAUAAACGGUGAUGUGCAAAUUUCUGAUACUACGGUUCCAGCUGUUCAGCUUGAAGAAACGACCUUAAAUAUUGAAGUAGAUCCAACGAGAACAUUAAAAUUAGAUAGUAAAACUAUCAUACCUGAAAUGAUCACCAACUCUGAAACCACUUCGGAGAUACAAAAAUCUAUGUUAGAAACAAAUACAGAAUCAAAUCAAGUUUCAAUGAAGAAUAUAGAUUCUGCAGAAAUCGAAGUUGGAUCUAAUUUAACAGACAAAUCAGAAGAGUCAUUUACGAAUAAAAAUCAUUCUAUUAAAUCAUUGGAUAUACCAGAAUCAAACGAGCAAGAUAUAAACGAGCCUAACGUUAUAGAGCAUGCACCAAAAUCAAUAUUUUCAAGUUUACCCAAAGAAUUUAGUCAAAACGUAGAACCUUUGCUGGAAUUGGUGAAUAAUCAAACUGACGAGGAACAUAUUAUGUUAUUGCCAAAAGAGGAAGAGAAAAAAGAUGAACAGGAUAAACAUGCCAUUAUUCCUCAACUGAUUCCUGAACAAAUAACACAUUUUACAACGAGACCAGAGGAAUCAACGAUGCAUCAGGAAAAUGUAUUAAAAGUUAACGAUCAGGUUAUUGAGAAGAAAAACUUAACGAUCGAUACGAUCUUAGAUCGAUCUACCGAACAUCCUGAAGAGAAUGUAGUUUCUAUUGGUGAAACAAUCGAUCAUUCUACCAAUCAUCCUUUACAUCCUGCGAUAUUCCCUGAAAACAUAGCGAAUCACGUCGAAAAAAUGGAUCCCAACGAGGAAAGACAUUUCGAAGAUAUGUCACCUUUCUUACCAGACGUUCAAAAGGAAAAAGAAACGUCGAAGAAAGCACCAAGAUUGGACAAGGAUGAGCAAGAUGUUCCUAAUCCUUUCGAAACUCAUGUUGAAGAUGUUAUUAUAAAUAAACCUGAAAGAAAGGAUAACAGACAUGAACUGAUGUAUCCUGCAAAUAAAAACGAUAGUGAAGAAAUCUUGACCGAUCUUGAUAAUUAUAAUAUCAAUAUCAAAGCAGAUGAUAAUGAUGUUUCGAUAAUACCUCAAGUAAUUAACGAAACUGAAAUUGAAAUGGUUAAUCCAUUACAACAAAAUGAACUUUUGAGAGAAUCCGAAGACGAUAUAUUGAAAGAUACUUUGAACAAUACUCGAACACUCGUGACUAAUGAUUUGUCCGAUGAUACAACGACGAAUGAUACUUUCGGUAUUAAAAAUGAAAAGGAUGAACAAGAUGAAGAAAUACUUAGGGUGGUACCAUUGGAUGAGCAUAAGGAAACGAAAAAUAUGGAAUACCAAUUGGAUAAAGUAGAAAGUACCACAGAAGUUGCUCAAAUCACUACGAUGAUGUUCACUAAAGAAAAUGGAAAAUCUAUAGAUGAGUUAACUAUUAAUAAUAAUAAUAAUAAUAAUAAUAUUGUAAGUAGCUCAGAAAAACCGGAAGAAAAUGCUCUAGAGGAUCAAUACAAUGAUAUCAACGAUGAAACGUUAUCGAAGACUUUUGAUCAUAGCAAUAACGUUAAAAUCGUUUCGUCUGAAGUUACUGAUGAUAAAUCUAAAAAAUUAAUUAUAAAUAAUAUCGAUGAACAACAAGAUAAGAUUAAAUCAAUAUCAGACUCUGAAGAAUCUCAAAGUACAACGGAAAGGAUAUUAUCAGCGGAGACUGAAAUGCCAUCGAGCAUGCCCUCUCCUUCUUUGGACAAACACGUUGAUGAUUCUAAGAUUACAACGCAGGUACCUGUUUUACCAAUGGAGAUACAACAGGACCUUUCUACAACUGAAUUAAUAGAGAAAAUUGAAGCAACAACAAUUGCAGAUGAUAAUUCGUUGUCAGAUCAUCAAUUCGUUGUCAAUCAUACUGAAAGUUCAAAUAUUUUUCAUGAUGAUAAAGAGAAAGAAUCUAUCACUAUGAUUCCAUCUACUAUAGCUCCAAUGUAUUCAUUGGAGACUAAAACUACUCCACAGGUGUCAAUUUUACCAGACGAAUUGCAAACAACUGAACACGAAUUCUUAAUAACUACUUCUUCUGCGAGACCAGACAUCAUCAAGAUGAUCAAUGAUACGAAGCAUAAUCACAACAGGACAGCGACAACUAUGAUUUCAAUAGAAUAUAUUAAUAACAUUUCGGUAACUACAUCCAGUUCUACGAUGACUCCAGAAGUUGAUAAUAUAACGAACGUUGUAAUAGAAACAGAUAAUACAAAUUUAACUGAAACGAUAUCCAAUGAACAUGAUAAUAUUCAACAUACUGUUCUAAAUGAGGAACCAAAUAAAUUGAUGAAUCUGAUGACGAUUCUUGAAAAUACAACGAACUAUCCUAAGCCAGAAACAGCUUUCACAAUUUCCAACGAAGAUUAUGCUGCAAUGGCAACGGAAAUCAGUAGUGCUAAAGUAUCAGAUUCAGUUACUACCAGUGAUGACAUAAGACCAGUUACUGAAGAGAUUCUAGAUGAUACGAGACCAUACGAUUUCGAUUUUAGAUCAUUUUUCUCAACAACGACUAUGGGAGAUGUCAUUCUCAACGAAGAUUCGAAAGAAUUGUCUGAGGAAGAAUUGAAAGUGAUACCAUUAGAGAAAAUUCAAGAGAUCAAGAAAAAAUCUACCGACAAAAAGAAUCCAGAUAAAUAUAAAUACAAAAAAGAGAAGGAGCUCAAUCUGGAGGAUCAAAGAAUAGAAAAUGUUACAACUGAGAUCAACGAUUCAAUGAUUUUGAUCCCCACUGAGAUUUCAAAGAUUCCCGUCGAACCGAAUGAAAAUAUUAGUAUGGAAAACAUACCUAACACUAGUACAGAUUCGAUUAUUUCAAAAUUCAUUUUAGCUGAUACAGAAGGUAAAAUUGUGCCUAUACCAAAAUUGAAAAUCGUUGAGAUCACAUCUAGAUCAAAUCAAUCUGAAUCAGAAGACAAACAAGCUCAUGAACCAAAUACGACUAUAGCUAGUCUAAUAAAAAAUAAUACAGAAAUGGAAGUAAAUAAUAAAUAUCCUAACUAUAUACCCGUAUCUGAAGAGAUUAUAGAAGUUAAUCCAGUUACAGAGCCUUUCAUACUCAUUCGAAAUUACACUUUGUAUCGAACGACUCCAUUGGUUCCAAUCUUGGAAGUUGAACAAACAACGAUUCAAAGUAAUAUUCCUAUUGAACAUGACGAUAUGUUGAAUAAUUCAAACGAAACAAUUCUUCAGAGUAACGUUCAAGAAGCUAACAAUUUAACAGCCAAUACAUUGAAUCUUUUGUCAUUGAAUACCAUGAGUUACUCGAAAUGUAGUACAGGUCAAUUUCAAUGUACCAAUGGCACAUCUAGAUCUGGUGCUUAUUGUGUCAGUUUAUCCGCGAAAUGUGACUCCCAAAAGGAUUGUUCUGAUGGUUCUGAUGAGCUUAAUUGUCAGGAAGAGGGAUGUCCUGGAAACUUCCAAUGUGCCAAUCGUCAAUGUCUUAAGAGACACCUUGUAUGUAAUGGAAUCGUAGAUUGCGAUGAUGGUAGCGACGAACAGAAUUGUCAAGAUUGGAAAUGCAUCUUCGAUGAACACCGUUGCACCAAUGGACGAUGCAUACCAUUGUUAUGGCUAUGCGAUGGAAGACCAGAUUGCGAAAAUCAUCAGGAUGAGUUUAACUGUGCUGAAAGUUGUGGUAACGAUGAAUACUUAUGUCCUACGGAUAAACGAUGUAUCCCACAAAUAUGGCGUUGCAAUGGAUCACCCGAUUGCGCUAAUGGAGAAGACGAAAAACUUUGCGAUUGUUCUUUGAAUCAAUUCAAAUGUCAUACCGGUGGAUGUGUAUCGAAGGAAGAAAUUUGCGAUGGUAUCGAACAUUGUCCUGAUCAUUCCGACGAGUGGGAUUGCAUUUCUAACUAUUCGCUCGAUCAAAGAAAUAAUACUGAAACUAAUCAAGAAGAAAACGAAGAGGACAAAUCGACGAGACAGCUGAACCACCGAGAUACUCUUUUAAAAAUAAGGCAAUCCAAUGAAGAAUAUCGAUUGGUAUGUUCGGAUGGUUGGAGCAAAGAAUUCAGCGAUUCAUACUGUCGUUCUCUUGGCUAUGCUUCAUCUCAGACAACCGAUUUUAAAGCAUGGGAUAAAAGCCAACAAAUAGUAAGACUGAAAACUAAUCCAAAUCAUCGCACCCCACUAGUCAGUAAUCUUCAACGCGUGGAAUUCUGUGUCUCGGAGAAAGUCGUUGAAGUUACGUGCGAAGAAUUUUCUUGCGAUACGCAUUAUGUUGAUAAAACUAUUAUGAAACCAGAAGGUGAAACUGCAGAUAGUCUUAUGCAAUGGCCAUCCGUAGUAAUUUUGAAAGAAGAGGAACAUGGUAUAACUUGCACAGCAAGUAUAUUAGGACCUAUGCAUGCUUUGACCAGUUACUCUUGCGUUUACAAGUACAGACAAAACGACGGAUGGAAAUUAUUCACAGAUGGAAAUUUGCUUAGGAGUAAUUCUGUCAAGACUAUCAUUCCAUAUACACAAGUGAAAUAUAAUCAAUUUUUCUAUGACAACGAUAUCGCUUUAAUCGAACUCAAAGAACCUUUGAUUUUCUCGAAAAAUGUUUCUGCCGUUUGCUUACCAACUUAUCCUAUCGAACCGAACGAUGUCUGUGUUAGUGUAGGAUGGAGAUUCCCAGUUAACGGAGAACUGGAUUUACAACAAUAUAAUGAAUUCUUGCCAAUGCCAAUGUAUGAUUCUAAUGAAUGUAAUACUACCAGCCAUUAUGCAGGAUUUAUAACAAAGUAUAACAUAUGUAUUGGCUUGUCCAAUAUGGAUAAAGAGCUUUGUUAUAAUGACGAAGGAGCACCUUUAAUGUGUGCCAGAGAGUCAGGAAAAUGGAAAAUUCAAGGUUUACUCAGUCAUCAUAGUAAAUGUUCAAGAGGACAUCCUGCAAUUUACUCUAGUUUGGAGCCUGCUUUAGAUUGGUUACGACAUUUGGUUCCUGCUUUGCAAACAUAAAUUUAAACAACUUAUAAGAUACGAAUACUUUGGAAGUAUACAAAUAAUUGGAAGUUAAAAUAAUGUUGGUCGUAUACUGAUCAAUGUUAAAAAAAAAAAAAAAAAAAAAAAAGAAGAAGAAACAAUUGCUCUGAUUUUUUCGAGUAUUUGCAUACAAAACGCUUACAAAAGUACUUACUCUUCAAAAAUUCUCAGCAUACAAAUGUUUUUUUUUUUUUUUCUUUAUUGGAACUUAUUUGAUGUUCUUUUAUGAAUCAUGUUCCUAUUUAUACUACAAAGUAUGCUCUUAGUAUCAGAUGGCCAUGAAAUAAUUUCUUUUACAAUCGAAAGCACAAAUAUGCAACAUCUAUACUAAAAAUUAAUAUCAGUGAUUAUAUAAACUUAUAUAUAUAUACAUACAUAUAUAUAUAUAUAUAUAUAUAUAUAUAUAUAUAUAUAUAUAUAACGUGCAGAAGAUGUGUAGAUUACAAAAUCAUACUUUGUUUAAUAUUAAGGAAAAUAAUAUGUAAAUACUGUAUAAAGUAAUUGUUUAAUAUGGUUAACGUGGUAAUAGAUUUUUUUUUGCAAGUUAGCAAAUUAGGUCUCUUUAAGUAUUAUACUCUUACGAACACACGCUGCAAGUUUUGCUCGGAAAAUAUAUGAAAGUUAUAUUAGGUUUGGACCAAAGUCAAUCCAAUAAGUAUGAAUAUGCAUAUGAAAGUAUUAUAUUUGUUGAAUCAUUCUAGAUUGUACGAAGACUCUUACGAAUACUAUAAAUCAGAAAUAAAAACAUUUAACGGAAGAGACCAACGAUAAUAACAUAUUAACGAUCGAUUAUAUUCGAUCGAUGAUUUGUCUCAGUAAUUCUUGCGUAGAAUUCCUGAAACGAAUGAUGAAUAAGAUUAAACAAUAGAUAGGGUAAAUGUAUAUAUGAUUAUUGUAAUAAAAUACAUUGUUAUUGAUACACUAA